AUGUCAAACGAAAUCACACGUAACUGCCAAUCACAGAACGUCGUGGUCGAUCCGGAUUUUGUGGUAUAUUUGAUUGAGCUGUUGUUACUGAAUCCUAAAUACGGAAAUUUGUUCUCUAAAACUAUAAACAGGAACAAUCUAGAAUAUUUCGUCAACGAAUGCGUUACGAUGUUAACGAGUAGCGAAACGUCCAUAAACACGUUAAAAAUGCAAUACAUCAUGCAGACAAACUACGAUAAGUUACAGAAUCUUAUCGACAAGCAUUUAGAAUCCAUAAACCAGUGUUUGAGACCCCUCGUCAAUGAAAUUUUGGAUGAGGACGUCGACUUUGAAGACGAAGCGGCGUUCAAGAAGCUGUUUAGAAAAAUAUCUAUUUAUAUAAUACUAUCCAGCGGGCUCGGGAAUCCUGGGUCGAUAGUGACAUUAAAGGAAGGCAUGGCUAGUUUAGAGAGUGUAUUUUCGCUUGAAGAUCUAAAAGUGUUCGUCGCUCUACCGCGAUGUGAAAAAUUGGUUCAACUGAACGAAAUAAUGCAGAUAGCUUCUGGAGUGAGGCUGUUUAACAGAGACUGUAAGAAAGGGGGAGAGGGAAUACCUGACCUACCUUUUAAUUUGGUGGAUGCUGGCAAGGCGUGCCUCGCUUCAUUAUCAAAUUCACUAAUAGCGGUAAUGCAGAGAGUUAACUCACUCACCACGGCCAUAGCGGACACUAUCAGUAUACAAGACGAGACUGGAAACAUUCUUAUAGACAUACCUACCGGUAGUGAGUUGACCGAAGACGAUUACAAAGAAAUUUUCGAACUACUAGCGUUUAACCGCCAAUACGAAUUGUUUAUACGUAAGCUGCUGUCAGAUGUCGAGUCUAUGGUUGAAAAUGGCGACAGAUGCGUCGAAAAAGUCAAAAUUGUUUUGGAAGAAUUACAUUCAGCGGUCAAAUAUAAAGCUGCUGUACCAGUUGUUACAGUUUUUCCGUUAUUCACGAAGCUUUGGGAAGUAUGGCGUUCUAUGCAGAACGUCAUGUAUUUAAUGUCAACUGUGAAUCGUUUGAUGUCUAUUUUGGGGAAUAUUCAGGAUCAAAUGAAGAUACCUUACAACUUGUUGGAGAAAAUGCUUGAAGGAAAACAUGUGGUCAGCGAUCAGGACAGAAUGAGCAGCAAAGUUAGCAUUACGGAGAGACUGUCUUUGGGCUCCUUGAAGAACUACGUGGGUUAUAACGAUAGCUUCUCUAUCAAUGAAAAACAUGUACAGUUUCUAGGAUUCUGUGCGCUCUGUCUGAGUGUCGGCGCGUUAGUACCAAGUAACAUGAGAGUGGGACUCAUUAAGAACAAUAACACGCGCUACGGGUUCUGUAGCGUCAAAAUGGCGGCGAGAUUCAGUAAGGAACCACAGAGGUACAUCAACGAAGUGUUGGAUUUCGCUCGCAACAACCCGCACGUCAUAAAUCUACUUAACAUUCUACCGGAAGUCAGUAGCGUGCGGACCAUAGACCAACUCGUUACUAAAGUGUAUCCAAAAACGAGAAUCUCCGACAAAGACGUCCAGACAGAAACACAUCCUAUAGAUAGUUAUAUAGAAAAGAAUUACUCUUGGAACCUUUGGGAAUGGAAACGAAGAGCUUGUCAGUGGUCGUCAAUAGUGAAUUGUAAGACUCACUCGACGCAGACAAACUACAGCCAUCUUCGUUCAGAGGUCCACUGUCAGACCUUCGAGCCGAGGGACAAGAACAUACAGACGAAGAAACACACUGGGGUCAACACGGACCCCAACAAGACGUUCAUAUGGGGUCUGCGGGGUCAGAUAGGAUAUGGACAACAUGCUAUGAAACUAACUGACAUUAAUGACAGCGAGAAACAGAAAGCUCGAGUAAUUUCUGUGUGCAGCUGGCCGUGUGUCAAUAACGAAACUAAUUUGAACGACCAACAAUCACUUACCGAAUAA